CAAUUUGAACAUGUUCAAAAUUGACUUGAAUUUGACGAGAGUUUGAUCGCGUGAUUGAGAGUUGAUAAGAGUAUUUCGGCCAGCAGUUUUCACAAAAAUUGAAAUUUAACGUAUAUAUUUCCCGAUCGUGUGAUAAAUCAUCCCGAAGUCAGAUAAUUAUUGCACAUUUCAAAACUCGAUCUUCAUUUUCUCGAAAAUUAGCUCGUUUUUCCUCAACUCUCAAACUCCCAAAGACCGUUUGGUCACAAGUCUGUGGGAGCUAGAAAGAGUGAAGCUCUAAUCGUCUCUCAACUCCGUUUGAUCGAGGCUUUGCUUAUAACUUGAGUUUAAAAAAUUCAGUCGCCGUAGGUUUGUUCUUUGCACUAAAUAAUUAUUCGCCUCAGGUUCGGCAUUGACUCGGUAGAGUUUCUGGAGCGCCUCGGUUGAGUUCGGGAAUAGAUCGACCGUGACGCAAGAAGCGGAAAUUUUUAAAAUGGUUAUCUCAACGGUUAUCACACUUAGGAAUACAAAAAGAUUCUUACAUCAGCAAAAUGGCAAUUAAGUCGGCCAGUCGCUUAACUAAAGAGCAAUCAAUGACCCAGGAAAAAAACAAACAAACAAAGCAAAGCAAGCUAAGACGCGAAACUCAGCGACGCGAAAAUCAGCGUCAAAGUCAGCGUCACAGAAAAAGCGUGGGCAAGAUAAACACAUACUUUAGAUUUCAAUGUUCGCUAGAACCGAAUUGAGAGACGACUUCUAUGGUAUAUGCGGGAAGCAUAAGAAGACUUAAAAGAAAUUCCACAGGUUUGGAUAUGUACACCAUUAUGAUUACACGUAGUCAAAACAACAUAACAUCAGACACGAAGGGAUCGGCAAGAUGAAUGAAUCAACCAACGCUACUAUAGCUCACGUGAGGACAGAAAUAAUAUCCAACCCGUUAGAGCCGCAAUGGGGGACGGCAAAUACAGCAUGGAAAUGGGGCUGGGAGUUUCACAUUGCCCUGUUUUGUUUCUCGUUUCUGGUUUUGACAAUCUACUCAUUGUGUGGGAUCUAUCGAUCACGGAACCGGAGGGAAACUGUGGCACGAAAUCUUUCGUAUGUUAUACACGCUUUGAUAGCGCUUCUCGGUAUAACAAGAUUACUGACUCUUGCUUUAUUUCCUUAUGAGUUCAAAAGCCCGAUUGUGAAGCGACCGAUGCCGGUUGCUGCCGCUCGGUUAGUGUUCGGAAUAGGUUUCCCGUGUAUAACAGCCUCAUUUGCACUGGUACAAUUCUCGUUCACUGAUUCCCUCAAGGGCAUGCUCUCGGCUUCAAAACUACGUAAUCUGACAUUUCUAGUAUUGGUGAUUGCCAUGCAUUUCGCGAUAGUUCUCAUAGCUGAUAUAAUUUCCACAAAUGUUAGUAAUACUACAGCAGUUUUAUGCGUAGUUACCAAAUCGUAUUUUCUUCUAAUGGCCUUGGUAACCAUGAUAAGAAUUCUAAUGAGUGGACUCCAAGUGCUCCAUCGAGCGAGAAGAACAAGUCACGCAUUGAAAAAACUAAACUCCCGCUACAAGUGUACGGUUCUAUCUCCAAGAGGGAAACGAAAAGGCGACCCAGACACAGAUGUAGACAAAGUACUCUUUAAAGUCCGAAUGGUAAUUAUACUGACGUGUGUCUUUUGUAGUGCUCUGAUUGGAGUUCAAGUUUUUUCUUUAAUUGAGCUUGACAAAGUUUUGGCGGGAAAAACUGGCGCGCUGGCGCCGUGGCCUUGGUACGUGUAUCAGACAAUUUUCCGGCUGGCAGAGUUAGGGUUAGCGGGGACGGUACUGUACGCGAUUUCGUCACACGUUGCAAGGAAUACUAAAGGAGUCGCAAGUCGCAUAAGAGAAUGGUUGGGUAAGAUAUCUUCCCGAGAGAAGGCAACAAUGUCGGAGGCGCAAGUUGGCCAGGAAGAUGCCGGCUGUGACAAUGCCGAGAAUAAGGGAUAUGAACAGAGUCAAUGACUUCUAAUGCCUCGUUCAAACAGCGCCAGUAUUGUCCAGCAUUGCUAAGCUGCCACGAAAAUGGUAAAACUGUUAAAAUUAACCUUUGAAACUUUAUCUAACAGGCAGUUGGUUGCUUACCCUGGUUUCAGAGCAUCGAACGUCUCUAUUUAGUGGAGGUUGAGGUCUCAACCUCGCUGGCCACUAAAUAGAGACGUUCGAGGCUCUGGAACAAUGGUAUUGGUUGCUUAAACUCCAGUAACUUCGCCUUUUAAGGGGAUAUACGUAACGAGUUUUCCAUGGGCCACGAUAUUCCACGGGGAACUGAAUGUUAGCGGAAAACUAAAUGCACAAAUGAUUUGUAGCCGCUUUUAUUGGGGUUAAUUGAACAGCCCUAUCGAUAAAAACGAGAGGGCGUCGUGGUUAAACAGUAAAAUACUUUUAAAUGGGCAUAUAGCAAUGCUUUGUGUUUUCUUCAACAGUACUGGCGCUAUUUGUACGAGGCAACAGAAAUUUAACAAAUAAUUUCAGAACACAACUUAAACAAAUUGUUUACAUAUCAUUUUAGAAUAGUAAACUUUAAUAAAGUAUUCACCAGUGAAUAGAGCAAAUAAAAUUAUAAUCAAUUAA